AUAAGGAAGCAGCAGAACACGUUUGUUUAGUGUUGGAGUGUAACGUUAUUUAAGAAAGGUCCUGUACACAGGACUGUCUGUGGGUGUCAUGAUGUCGGUCCCAGUGUGAGUGACCCGGGGAACCAGCUGCUAACAGACCAAAAACAAUGGCAGACGAAGCUCCUUUCCAGUUUUUACACAACGAAGUCAUUCAGUACAUUUACAAGUCAGCUGAGAACGGAGAGACGGAGAAUGGACGAAAUAUCGCCACGCUGGAGAAUAUGGGCUUCAGAGUGGGCCAAGGUCUGAUAGAGAGACUUACAAAAGACACAGCACGGUUCAAAGACGAGCUGGACAUCAUGAAGUUUGUCUGCAAAGACUUCUGGACCUGCGUGUUCAAGAAGCAAAUCGACAACCUUCGAACCAACCACCAGGGCAUCUAUGUUCUCCAGGACAACAAGUUCCGAUUACUGAGUCAGCUGUCAGCUGGGAAGCAGUACCUGGAACACGCCCCAAAGUAUCUGGCCUUCACCUGUGGUCUGGUGAGAGGAGCUCUGUCCAACCUGGGAGUGAAGAGCAUUGUGACUGCUGAGGUGUCCAUCAUGCCUGCUUGUAAAUUCCAGAUCAUGAUCCAGAAAAUGUGAUGAGGCCACACUCACUCUGCACUCUACUGCUG